AUGGACGAGGGCACAGAGGGCACAGAGGGCGCAGGGGCGAGCUUGCCAUCCAGCCGACGACAAGAGCUCUCCACGCGUCUUUUUACUCGAUGGCUCCCUUCCUCACUUCUUCCUCUCAACCACAAGACCAACACACCAAACCAUAUAUACAACAAAGCCAAGAUGCCCGCCCGCCCACCCCCGAUCCAGUCGGCGCAGCACCUCCUCCUGCAGCAAGAGCACCUCGUCGACCGCAUCCUCGACCUCGUCCCGAAGCGCGUCGCCAAGCGCACGUUUCUCAGCCUCUUGCGCACCUGCUAUCCCCUACAGCAUGCGGCCGCGAAGCGCCUGUAUCACACCGUGGCGCUCGAGAACGACGCCGACAUCGCCGCCUUCUUCCGCGGCGUCGAGGUCGGCACCCCCGCCGGCAGCAUGAAGUGCAAGUGGCUCACCUCGAAGGGCAAGAGGAGCUGCGAGCACCUCACGUCCCGCCCGCCGGUCACUAUCCUCAUGCCUAACUUGCUCCUUCCGCCCGUGAAGAAUAGCUACGAGUUCCUCUAUGCCGAGGCGCGCGGCGACAAGCCCAAGGGCAAGAAUGGCCAGCACGCCGCGCCUGCCACGCACGGGCCUUCCCCGGAUGACGACCCGGCGGACGAGUGGAUCGACGUGCCGCCCUCGCCUUCGCCGAACGCGCGCAACACCAAGGCCCCGCUCCUCGAGCACGUCAAGCUCCUCACCAUCGGCGACCACCACAUGUGCUCGUGCGCGCACUAUGGACCGCUAGUCGCGCCGCUGCUCAACCUCCAAGUCCUGCGCAUCACGUCUAACUUUGACAACUACUUCCAGCUCAUCCCGCCGUGCGACGGCACAGCGUCGUGCCCGCUCAUGACUGGCGUGCGCGCGACCAAGCUCGUCAUUCGCAAUCUGGACGGGUACGGCCUUCCCCUUCCGCAGUUCAACCUCUUCUUCGGGCCGUGGAAGGCCGAGCUGCGCGCGCCGCUGGCGAGCUGUACCUGGCCUGCUGCGGAGCACAUCGACACGCUCGUCCUCGUCUUCCCACACCACGCGCGCAGGUACUGCGCCACCAACCUCGUGCGCAUCGGGCAGUACUUCCCCAACGUCCCGCACAUCAAGAUCGUCUUCUGGAACCAGUGGGAGGGAUACACGGACGACGACUACCUCUUUGCGCAGCUGCAUGCGCACGUGCCCGCCCGCGCCGAGGACAUGGUCUACCCGAUCCAGCAGAUCCUCGCGCACACCAGCGCCGAGGUGACGGUGUGCGGGCUCGACGACGUCGAGUGGGCGCACGACGGCGACCUUCUGGCCCUGCUCAAGGUCCUUGCACCUGACAUCGACCUUCGGACGCUCAACGACGCGAGCCUGUACAAGUUCUUCGAGACCGAGAUCACCACCGCCAGCCUGUUCACCCGCAAGGCGACCGGCGCGGUCGGUACAACCAAGAACUGGGCCGCGCGCGUCAAGUUCAUCGGGGCUGUCGCGUAUGUGCGCGACACGGCCGCCCGCCGCGGCGAGCUCAAGCCCACGCUCGAGGAGGUCAAGCCGGUGUGGAAUAUUGACGGGAGCGUGGUCAUCUAG